GUCCAAGAAGGAAGCACAAGUAGUACCACAAACACCAAUGACGCCUUUCAAGCAGGAAGAGCGCAAGCCGCUGCUGCAGGGCGUGACGGUCGUGCACGACGGCGCCGCGCCCGCCAAGCACACGAACACAUGGAUGCCCGUGGACACGCCCGGUCUCGGCGACCGCUACCCGUCGCAGCAGUCUGGCUUUCUAGGCAACGUCUUCUUCUCGUGGGUCACGCCUCUCAUGAAGCUGGGCAAUGAGCGUCCACUCGAGAGUGACGACCUGUUCCAAUUGGACCCAUACAACCGCGCAGCCAACGUGUCCAAGAAAUUUGCCGACGCCUGGGAACGGCAGACGCGCUCCGGCAAGCCCAGUCUCGUGUGGGCGUUGGGCAAAGCCUUUGGCUUCAAGUUCAUGGUAGCAGGCUUCCUCAAGCUCAUCCACGACUCGCUGCAGUUCGUCGGACCCAUGAUCAUCAAGGACAUCAUCGCGUACCUGAGCGAUCCGACGGCGCCGCUGUCCGAGGGCCUCACGUACGCGGCUGUCAUCUUCGUAUCGGGCGUGGUGCAAUCGUUUGCGCUGCGUCAAUACUUCUUCUACUGCUACGAGACUGGUCUGCAGUUCCGCAGCGCCAUCGUCACGGCCGUGUUCGAGAAAUCGUUGGUGCUGUCGGCGGCGGCGCGUCAACAACGCACGUCUGGAGAGAUCACGAACCUUAUGUCGAUCGAUGCACAGCGUCUACAGGACAUGACGCCGUACCUGCACGCCGUGUGGUACGCGGCGUUCCAGAUCAUCGUGUCUUGUGUCUUGCUGUGGCAGCAGAUCGGCGUGGCGACGUUCGCCGGCGUGGCCGUGAUCUUGCUGAUCAUCCCGUUGAUGACCGUCAUCUCCAAGGCCAUGCGCAAACUGCAGCAGCGCUUGAUGCAGGUCAAGGACGAGCGUAUCAAGAUCUGCGUUGAGGUGCUCUCGGGUAUCAAGGUGGUGAAGCUCAAGGCGUGGGAGAAUUCGUUCGGUCAGCGCGUCAUGAAGUUCCGUGACGAGGAACUGGCGCGUCUUCGUACGUACGUAUUUGCACGCAGCGGGUCGAAUACGAUCUUCAGCUUCGUCCCGUCACUGGUGACGGUGGUGUCGUUCAGUGCGUACGUGCUGUUGGGCCACACACUGGACGUGGGCACGGCGUUGACGAGUCUGGCGCUGUUCAACAUCCUGCGGUUCCCAUUGUUCAUGUUACCACAAGUGCUGAACAAUGUGGUGGAAGCGAGCGUGAGUUUCGACCGUCUGCGCAGCUACUUUUUAGCGGAGGAGCGCACCAAGGUGGGCGAGGGAGACUUGACGGAGGUGGGCAUCUCGGUACAGGGUGCAGACUUCAAGUGGGACGCAGCUCCGCCGACUGAGGGCGAUAAGAAGACUGGCGACAAGAAGGAGGAAGAGGAGGCUCUGGUGACGCCCGUUGCUGAGGGCCCGACGCUGCGUGGCAUCGAUUUCUCGGCCAAGAAAGGAGAAUUGCACGCUAUUGUGGGCCACGUGGGCAGCGGCAAGUCUACGCUGCUAGCUGGUAUCCUGGGCGACGCUCGUUGCAGUGCCGGCUCGGUGGCGAUUCGUGGCAAGGUGGCGUACGUCUCGCAGCAGCCAUUCAUCCAAAACGCGACGGUGCGUGACAACAUCACGUUCGGACUGCCGUUCGACGCUGACAAGUACGAGGAGGCCCUGCGCGUGAGUUCAUUGAAGAAGGACCUUCGUAUUUUGACUGCUGGAGACCGCACGGAGAUCGGUGAGAAGGGCAUCAACCUCAGUGGCGGUCAGCGUACGCGUGUGGCUAUCGCCCGUGCGGUGUAUCAGGACGCCGAUAUUUACCUGCUGGAUGACAUCCUGUCUGCAGUGGACAGUCACGUCGGUGCUGACAUCUUCAACGAGUGCAUCAAGAAGACGCUGAAGGACAAACUGGUGGUGCUCGUGACACACUCGCUGAGCUUCGUGAACCAGUGCGACCAGAUCGCCGUAAUUGCCGACGGAAGAAUCGCAGAGCAAGGAUCGUACAAGAAGCUGAUGGCGAAGAAGACCUUGUUGGCUCAGAUGGUGUCGAAUUAUGUGGAGAGCGAAAGUGAGGAAGACGAGGAGAACACGACGUCGGCUGAAUCAUUGGAGGACGCAAUGGAUGAUGCGAGUGAUGAGGAGGACUUGACGAUCAUGGGACGUCGGAAGUCCAGCGAGAGCCGUAUGCACCGCCGUUCUCGUUUGUCUACACGGAGUGACGACAGCCAAGCUGGUGUUGAAGAUGAAGGUCAGUUGAUGGUUGAAGAGGAUCGUUCUGUGGGCGACGUGUCGUGGUCGGUCUAUCGCGUGUGGAUCAAUGCGUUCGGCGGCAUUUGUGCUUCUCUCGUUGUUGUUUUUGGUUUCUUUGCCGCUCAGGGGUUGAGUCUUGUGUCGACGGUGUGGAUUUCGUAUUGGUCGGAGCAAGCUGCGGAGUAUCCGGACUCUCAGAUGUACUAUGUGUACGUGUACAUGCUGAUCAAUGUGGUGUUUGGUGUUGUGUUGUUUGUUCGUGUUAUUCUUCUGUACUUGGGUUGUUUGCGUGCUAGCCGUCUGCUUUUCGGUGGCGUGCUUAACCAGAUUUUGCGUGCGCCGAUUUCAUUCUUCGACGCCACUCCGCUUGGUCGUAUUGUGAAUCGCCUGUCCAAGGAUAUUUACACGCUGGAUGAGGCCAUUGCGGGCACGGUGGUUGGUCUACUCGACACUGUCGUUGUUGUCAUGGUCACUUUGGUCACGGUCUCGUUCGUCACUCCUUUGUUCAUGGUUAUUCUGCUUCCAGUUCUUUUUGGAUACUACACUUCACAGCGAUAUUUCAUCAAGACUUCUCGUGAGCUGCAGCGUCUGGACUCCAUCAGUCGUUCCCCGAUUUUCGCGUUGCUGUCCGAGACACUGGAUGGUCUCUCGACGAUCCGUGCGUUUGGUGUUGAGAGGCGCUUCGUUGGUCACAAUUAUUAUCUGCUGGAUACGAAUCAGCGUGCGUACUUCCUGAAUUUUACGAUUAAUUGCUGGCUGGGUUUGGGUCUUGAGUUUGUUGGUACUUGUAUCGCGGCUGCUGCUGCUUUUUCUGCUGUUCUUGCGCACGGCACGAAUUCUGCGGGGGGUUGUGCGUUUGCUGGGUUGGUUGGUGUAUCUUUCACGUUCGCGUUUGCUGUGACUCAGUCUCUUAAUUGGACGGUGCGUAUGCUCAGUCAGCUGCAGACUCAGAUGGUGUCUGUGGAGCGUAUUCAGACGUACACGGAGAUGCCGACGGAGGCGGCUCUUACCAGCAUUGCAGCUGAGAAGCCACCACUUGACUGGCCGACGGCUGGAGCCAUCAGCUUUAACCGCGUCGACCUCCGAUACCGUCCUGGUCUGCCGCGUGUGCUUCGUGGACUCACGUUCAGUGUGAACGCCAAGGAGAAGGUCGGCAUCGUCGGUCGUACGGGUGCUGGUAAAAGCAGCUUGAUCGUGGGUCUCAUGCGUCUCGUCGAGCUGGACGCGGGCUCCAUCACGAUUGACGGCGUGGACAUCAGUAAGAUCGGCCUGCACGACUUGCGCUCCAACAUCGCUAUCAUCCCGCAGGACCCCGUUCUGUUCUCGGGCACGGUGCGCUCAAAUCUGGACCCGUUCGACCAGUUCUCGGACGACCAGAUCUGGACGUCUGUGAAGCGUGCGUCGCUGCAGAAGGCCAUCACUUCGUUGGACGAUGCCGUGGACGAGAAGGGCUCGAACUUCAGUGUGGGCGAACGUCAGUUGCUGUCCAUUGCUCGUGCGCUGCUGAAGCGGUCGAAGGUGAUUCUGAUGGACGAGGCCACUGCGUCGAUCGACCCCGAGACGGAUCGCCAGAUCCAGCAGAGUAUCCGAGAAGAGUUCCGUGACUGCACGACGCUGACGAUCGCGCACCGCAUCAACACGAUCCUGGACUCGGACCGCAUCUUAGUGAUGGAGAAGGGCUCGGUGGCGGAAUUCGGGUCGCCGACAGAGUUGCAGCGGAAACCAGACGGCAUUUUCAAGUCGCUCGUGGACGCGUGGCGUCAGAACAGCGAAACCAAGAAAAACUAGACGACUUUCAUGCGGUUCAAUGGUAGGAAAUAGUGAUAGAAAUUACCCGCUCAAUAGUUGUUUGCUUUUACACA